AAAUAAUUUCAGAUUUAAGUAAAUGCGGAGUCCACCUGAAACCUGAGGAGUAUUUUCCUAAUUUUUAUGGCAUCCGAUUCAUCCCGGCAACGGUUACCGAAGCUCUGCAACAUCCCGAGCGAGAUUCGGAAACAAACCAAAACAUAAGAUCUGGAUCUAGGGUUGGCGAUCAAUUUCAUCAGCAAUGUUUAGGCGCGGAAACAAAUCAAGGUCGGGGAGUGGUGGCUGGUGCUCUCCGGUGCCGGUUCUGUUUGUAUUUCUGAUUGUAGUUCUUCUAGGUUUUACUCUGUUGUUUCAGUACGAUGGACGAAAGGGCGAUUCUCCGAUUGGUUUAGUCAAGCAAAAGUGGAAUGGUUUUGAAUCUUUGGUACAGUUGAGUCCGACUGUGGAGGCCGUGAAUGGAACAGAUUUGGUGUGGCAAAUACCUGAGUCUCCAAAGGCGGUUCUUUUUUUAGCUCAUGGGUGUAGUGGCAGAGCUCUUAAUUUUUGGGACAGGUCUCAGACGUGUCCAGACUGCGUUGGAUUGCCUGAGGAAAGGCUAAUUGUCCUUGAAGCACUUUCUCGCAAAUUUGCAGUUAUUGCCAUUUCAAGCGUGGGGAGAUGCUGGUCAUUUGGGGAGGAAAGAAUGAUUGUCAAAGGAAUUAUCAAAAGGUGGGUUGCGAAACGCAGACUUGACAAUCUUCCUCUUGUGGCUUUGGGAGCCUCAUCCGGUGGGCAUUUUGUUUCCUUGCUUGCUACUGAUCUGAGAUUUAGUAGCAUUGUAGUAAUGAUUGCAGAAGGCUUGUAUGAUCAAAUGGAUAUCAGUAAAGAUUACCCACCUACUCUUUUUGUGCACAUGCCCAAAGAUGAAGCAAGGAAGCAGAGGAUAGAUUCAAAUAUUAGGAUUUUGAAGGAUGAAGGCAUUGACGUCGCAGAGAUUAAGUGCAUGGAGUUCCCCUUGUCGCCUAAUUUCUUAGCUGAUAGGGUUCCAGGACUUGGUGAAUCAAUUUCCACAAAGUUGUUUGAUCUACUCCAAGAAAAGAGCUUUAUUGACAAGAAUGGUUAUAUGAGAGCUGAUGGGCGGGCUAUACAUCUGAAAGCAGCUCUUAGGAAGAGUAAGAUUGUUCUGCCAGAUAAGGGUUUGAUUCACCACAUUCAAGAGGAACUGAAUCUUGCUUAUGCUUAUCAUGAGAUGACUAGUCUGCAGUCUGAGAAAAUCUUUAAAUGGUUUGAAUCACAUAUGAGCUGAUCAAGAAACUAAUAUGUUUGAUUCUUCUUCUUUGGUUGCUGAACAACAUCAGUGGCAGAAGAACAAUCGAGAUGACUUCAAAAGACUCGAGGAGAUUAGCUUAUAAUGUACAACUCAAAUGGGGAAAGUUAGAUGUAAAAGUUAUUCACUACAGACUAAAAAAAUUGGUGAAUUAUGCUAAAGGGAAUGGCAUGUUAUCAAAUGAGAUAGAUAAAGUUAGAAAUGUACAUAAUUUGCAGAGACUGCAUCGUACCAGAAUCUUGAGUAACAGGUAGGCAGGCUGUCCUUCAAGCUAAGUUUUGGGUAUGAAAUUAUUUUCUUGUUCAGUUCACCAUUGAAAUAUGCAUCAACCUUUGUUGCUACCAAAGAUAAGAUUGUAAUGUAGUUUUCUUUUGAGAAAAUACUUCAUUCAUAAUGAAAAUUUCAAUUUAUAACUUGUCCAGAUCAUUCAGGUAUUUGCUCAUCAUGCUAAUGCAAUUUUGCUUCUUGUUCUCUGUGACUGUUUGAUUGGUUAUUUGGAAUGACUUAUCGCCUGAAUUACCAGUUUUAUGGGCUACUCUUAAGUUUGUGAACUUAAUUGUUUCUCGGAGAAACAAAUUAUCACGACUUUUUGUGAAAGAUGUAGAUACCAAUUAAUGAUUGUUGCCAUGACUUUUAUGAAAGUUGUAGCACCAUGUGGUCGUGUACUUUCCAUAAGAUGAAAAAUCUUGUCCAUUUGCGUCUUACUUGUAAAUAAAAUGAAUCUCCAGGUGCUAGCCUUUGAUUGGAUUAUAUGCAGGGAUCUUCAACCAAACAAGAAUGUGUGUGAAUCGUUGUAAUUCAGUCUCACUGGAAAAUAAAGUGCUAACUAAAACAUCUUUAGACUAAAGCAAUUGGUGCAUGCCUUGGUGUAUAGGAAGCAAAUUAACACGAAGGCAUUUCUUGACUACAUACUGGUUUUAUCUUAGAAAAAAAAAAAAAAAAAACAAACAAA